AUGGGAAUCUUCAGUUGGUUCAAUUCGAAUGAAUCUAACCCAUCUCCUUCGCCAGAUGCUUACUCCCCUCCUUCGCCAGCUAUUCAAGAAAAUGAGGAUGAAGGAGUAAUGACAAUACGUAAGGGAACGUACGAAUAUGACAAACAACACAAGCCUCUCGCAGAUUCGGGACGAGUUUUAGAGGAGGGAGGAAAACAUGAAAAAUAUACUAGUAUCCCCUCAGUUCCGGUUUCUGGUCGCUUCAACAGUGAGAAUAUGGUUAAAAGUGAAGUGGGAGGAGGUGCUGUCUCAGGAGCAACAAGCAAUCCAGCAGUACUUGUGGGAUUGGGUGCAACAACGCUCGCCUUGCUUGCUAUAAUGAAGUCAUCAUAUUAUGGUGACAAGCUGGGUAUCCCCUCAAUUCCGGUUUCUGGUCGCUUCAACAGUGAGAAUAUGGUUAAAAGUGAAGUGGGAGGAGGUGCUGUCUCAGGAGCAACAAGCAAUCCAGCAGUACUUGUGGGAUUGGGUGCAACAACGCUCGCCUUGCUUGCUAUAAUGAAGUCAUCAUAUUAUGGUGACAAGCUGGGUGUACAGAAAUCCAUGCGAUACAGAAUCAUGGCCCAGUUCUUCACCGUAACAGCUCUCGUCGCAGGAGCCACCUAUUUUGCAACCAGAGGCCGUAAUCAGACUUCAUCCGGCUCUAUGUUCCACAAGCAUUGA